CGAAUCCCGAAAUGGCUUCAUCGGGAGUUAUUAGUAGUGAAGUAAAAUUUUCUACUAAUGCAGAUGCAUCAGAAGAUGAGGACUAUUCGGUUAGUUUAAGCGCGGUUUUGCGCCAGCGCCGGGCCAGCGUACGUCGAUCGCGCAAAGGUCGGGCCAGACGGUCAUCGUCACCUUUUCUUCCAGAAGACAUUCACCCUCGAAGACGAUCUUCUGUAUUUACAACAAGCUCUGGAGACACAGCAAUAUCUAUUGAAGAUCAACCCGUACUUACACAAGAGCAAAUAUUUGAAAAUAUACAUUUGCAUAAACAAGUUUUAAGCUCGGCAAAGCAACAACCAUUGGGUAUGAGACGAAAACUUAAAAUAGUUCACCAGGCUAAAGGUUAUAUCAAGCGUCACGAAGGUAAACUUCAGGAGAGACUCGCUCAAUCCAAAAGCACAAGAGACAUAUAUGCAAGAUUUAAUAUUCUUAUGGCAACUAAAUGGCAACAGUUAAAGCGAGAGGCUGCAAAUAUAUCCAACCUACUGAUACCUUGGGAAUUACGAAUCAAAGAAAUAGAAUCACACUUUGGAUCAGUUGUCGCGUCUUAUUUCACAUUUCUGAGAUGGCUAUUUUGGAUUAAUCUGGUCAUCGCUUUCAUAUUACUAGUAUUUGUUAUAGUUCCUGAGUACCUCACUGCAAACCCUAAACUAGAUGGCGAAAGAAAAAUUAUAAUGGAGGAUGAACGGCGCAACGCCACGAAUCUACUAACCUUAUGGGAAUUUGAAGGAAUCCUUAAAUAUUCCCCUAUAUUUUAUGGUUAUUAUAGUAACGUUGAACGAUCAGAGUACAAAAUGCCCUUAGCUUAUUUCCUUACUGGCUUGGUGGUCUACGUUUAUAGUUUCGUCGCCAUAUUGAGGAAAAUGGCUGAAAACUCUCGUAUGUCCAAACUUUCCGAAAAAGAUGACGAAUGUAUAUUCUCAUGGAAACUAUUUACUGGAUGGGACUACAUGAUUGGAAAUGCAGAGACAGCACACAACCGGAUAGCUUCAGUUAUUUUGGGGUUUAAAGAAGCUUUACUAGAAGAAGCAGAAAAGAAAAAAAAUCCUAGGAAGUAAGCAAAAAAUAAGUGCUUUCACUAAUAAUAUUGUGUAGCAUUAGUAAACUUUUGCGUCUUAAUUCUUUUAGCAGUUUCGGCAUAUGCUGUUGUGACUGUGGUCACACGUUCUGACAAUUACCGUGGUAAGACACCAAGUUGGUGGCAUGAAAAUGAGACGACAACUGUAGUAACAGUGAUAUCGAUAACAUUCCCAUUUUUCUUUGAAUUCUUGGGCUUUCUAGAACAUUUUCAUCCAAGAAAACAACUAAGAUUACAAUUGGCUAGAAUAAUGUUGCUAAAUUUAUUAAAUUUAUACUCGCUAAUUUUUGCACAGUUUAGUAAAAUUGAUGGCAUGUGUAAAGAAUUGGUAUCAUUACAACCAAGUUUAUUAAGCAUUAAUACCAGAAUAUUUGCUAAAAUUGUCAGCUUAGCUGUAGAUAGGACAACAAAGGAUCAUACGCCGGUUGUUACUUCUCCAGAUGUACAAAAUGGUGAUGAUGAAACUGACACUGAUUUUCAUGAAAAUUUUCAUAAAGCAGUUUUGCAGUUCAAAGACAAUCGACAAAGUAGUGUAGAAAGUAUAAAUGAUACCAAAACAAUUAAAGAUAUAUUUGGAAAAAAGGACGGGGAUGGAGGACACAAAUAUCAAUAUUCGCUAUAA